AUGGACUGUGGAAAAGAGUUCAUUUACCACAAUGAAAGGGAGGUAUAUGAAUACUUGGUGAUCAAGCUUGCAAGAGAUCCAGCAGAGUCGAUGAAACUUCUUGCAUUGUGGCUAUGGUUGGAAGAGGUUGGAUAUGGUAACGUGGUUCACAAGAUAUAUGUUUCAUCAUAUUCUAUUAUCAAUGAACUUGCAGAUGAAGGUGUUACUUGUCUUAAUUGUAUCGACACAAAUAUGAUACAUUCAUCAUUUGAAUUUAAUGAAGAUGACAUUCCUCAAAUGUGUUGCCUUGUGGAUAGAAAAAUCUCUCUCAAGAUGUUAUAUGAAAAUAAGAUUUUGGUUAAACAAGGGGUGAAUAUGAUGUUAAAGAACGUGUGCAUGAUGAUAUUGGGAGAUAUCAUGAAUCAGGUUAAUAUGAAGAUUAUUGGUGAUAGAGAAUGUGAAUGA